CUCUGAGUAGCCCUCCUCACUCCGCUGGUGGGGAGGGCCGCAGGUGGCCACCUGCUCGUCUGACGAUGGUUUUCGAGUCGCUCUCUCACUGCAAAUGCUAUGAUGUGCUCAGAGGCAAGCCAUUCAUGGUGCUCCGCGGCUUGUUUGCUUCGCUGCUUUUCGUUUGCUUGCUUGGCCCCACUUUGGCGGCCCCGAUCUCGGCUCUUUAUGGGCGUUUGACGGUAAAAUUCAAUUCACAGUGAUCAGUGAGGCACGCUGGACCACAUGCAGGUCAUUGCGACUUCUCACAAUGAAUGAAUGUCACCGGCUUCGACAAACGCGCAAAGUUUACAUCGGAUAAAUGGGAUUUUCCCAUAUAACGAUUUUCCCAUAUAAGCAGGGUCCCAUUUAUCCGAGGCCCACUGUAGACACCUGUCUUAUUGACGCUGUCCAAUACUUUGGUUUGAGGCCCUCUGGCAGCUAACUGAAGCAACUGCAGCCAUAUUUGGGUUGAGUCCACGAGACAUCAAUGCCACAUAAAAAAAAAGACCGCCGCCAGACUGUACGCCAUUAGGAUGGGGUAAAUAGGUGGAUGCUCGCCGAGUUCAUGGCACGUAGAUUGAUAACAUCCAUGAAUGAACAGACAUCGGCCGAGACAUGACAUCCAUGCGGCAUCAUUCCAACAAAAAUGGCGGAUCAGUCAUGAAAGACAAGGCCGCCAACCGUGCAUUCUCCAGCAGCAGACCAGGCAGGCAGCUCUCUAAGGCGUCGCAGCCCUUUCCCAAUAUUGCCGUCAGCCAGGCGUCUCUUCUCCCCACGGGCGUAUACGUAGCACUUGCAACAGCCACCGGCGGCAUCCCCUCAGCGAGAGAUCCGAGGCAUUCAUAUCCUUGGCAAGGCUCAGGCAAGGAAGAAUCCGGAUCUGUGGGGUCCGCCCCCCAGUCAGCAUUUCGCACCCGGGCCUCAUUCUGACGUCAAGGCCCCAGCCUAGCUUCGGACAUUCGACACACAAAGGGAAGCUCCAGUUAACAAAGAGAUGCUCCAACUUAAAUGUUCAAACGCGGAAACAAGCGCGGAAAACAAAUGCAACCGACAAGAACCGAAACCUUUCCUCCGUCAGCACCAGUCAGCACAACUCACCUUGCACAAGGGCGGAGAUGAAAGACCACAAGGGCGGGGUGUCUGUGAUGCUGUCUUGAGCUUGCUACUUCGUCCUUUGACGGCCAACACAUCGCCUGGCUUCGGAGACACGUGUGGAUUAGCGUUCGUACAACAUUCCACACCGCUCUCUUCGCUUCCAUCAUGCAUAUUCCUCUACUUCCCCUCUCUUUACCGCUCCGGCUCAGGUGAAGGGCGAUGGAUGCAGCAUUUUCUGCACCUCCCGUAAGCGGUGCGGUUGGCGUAGGUUGCGUAAGAGUGCUCGCUGUCCCGCCAAGUGUACCACUCGUUCAUCGUCGAUCCACUUGAGGCGCUCAACGAGGUACUUGUGAGCUAUGUGCUCUCGUGUCGCAGCUGCUAACGCCCCUUUUCUUGAAGGGAAGCAAGUCUGGGCUCACAUGAUAUAUACUGUGACCCUUGGGUAUUUAUACUUUAUUAAUCGCCGAAUGUUCCGAUGUAGGGCCAUUGUAGGCAAAGACGCCUAGGUCGGUCGGCAUACCUAAGCAGAGUACCUCUAUCUUCCGCUUACAAAGCCCAAUCAUCGCUCACAAGCCGUGUCUCAGACGUCUCUUCAGUCAGAUUGACAAAAUAAUCCAUUCUUUUUACUCAUGUCCAGCCACUCCUUCCAGCCUGCCACCACAGAAAGGCACACGACAUGUAAGACAUACAUGAAUGAAUUCAAGAACAGCGAGACGCCGGGGUUUUCGCUGCAUAUGUAUGUCUUAUAGGUAUGCCCACAAGCAGAAGAUGCAACCGUCUCCGCUGCAUCUGCCAGAGGGAAGUCAUCCUAGAUGCAGCACUGUGGAUGGGCUAGUAUAGCAUGCAGAAACCUGCGCAACACACUAAUAGAUGACGGGGGAUGGAGAGAGACGAAUUUAUGCAUGCAGGUAGCCACUACAGCGGGAAAGAAAAGGACUAGAGCUGUCGUGUGCAUCCCCCGGCCCACAUACCGCCGGGGUUUCGAAUGAAAUGGACAAUCUCAUCCCCAGCAAAAGCAGAGGUAAUGGCUUCGCUCCCAUUGCGCUGGCAACUCGGAGUUCUGCGAGGAGAAUUCAGCAGCAGCGGUUUCAGGAGCACCCUAGGCGGCCUGACGGCCAGGUCAACCGUGCCAUUAGAUGAGUCAAAUGGAGAUGAAUGCCUCUGAGGAUUGUUGCAAAUAUACAACGCUUUCGGCGGGUAGCCGGACGGUUCUGCAUGGGCUGAGGAGAUAGAGGCUUGUGGCUUUCUUCACGUAUGUAUAGCCGAAACGAUAUCUUCGGAAAGUCCUCGCUCGGUUGUAAACCGCCAGUGAUGAUUUCGGGAGCCGCCUGAACUUCACCACUCACCAUGAUGUUGACAGUGUCCUCUAAUCCUUGACGGAGAUGACAAAUGGUGAGUGGUGAUAGUGAUGCGACGAAUGUAUCCCUUUCUCGUAUGUGAGGCGCACUUCAUCGUCUUGUGUUAAUAAAGCAUCCUGCUGCACAUACCUGCACGCCAACAGACACAAGAUGCAGGUUCAGAUCACCGUUGAGCGUGUCAGCCCGUGGCCAUCGUCGAUGAAAAAGGUUUGGGGUUUGAGGUUAUGAGCGCCACGCUAAAGUUUUCUUGACGGUUCUAUCCGCGCAUUGGGCCCAUAUGAAACAACGCGUCCGGCAGACAAACCGUUCGAUCACGAUCGUAUGGAAGAGAAAUCGGUACCGGUGUUGUGUUGCUUGCAGUACUACACACACGUCAACGUGUCGAGAAGCUUCGUGUUUUUCGUCACGUUUUGAUCAGUGUGAUUGAAAAUUCCCUUGAGAUGUUGGAAUGAUGUGUCGGCCCGGAGAUGGAUAACCUCGGCUAUAGCCUAAUUGGUUUCUCAACAGAAGAAACUCGCGCUUGCGGGUAAAACGAGGCAACAGGAUCAUACUCAUCUCCAAACGAAUCAUCGCCAUCCCUUAUGUCCUUCUUGGGUGCCUCUUCGCAGGUCGAACUUCUGGCGGUUGACGGAAGAGAUCCCGUCGACUAUCAUGUGGUGGAUAAACUUCGAAUAUGCGGUCACCAUCGAUUGUCUGCUGCUUCACCGCUUGACGCCGCAGCCUCUUCUCACCGCUCCCGAAGCAUCGAAGAGGUGCAGGAGCGAGUCGAUGGUCGAGCCUUUCGUGUUAUCUGCAGCCACACCGGUGUUAUCUGCAGCCACACCGGUGUUAUCUGCAGCCACACCGGUAAGUGCCGCCAGACACAGCAAAAUAAGCCUUCGCGGCUUUCAUGACGGUCUUGUCGAUGCCGCUCUCGCGGGUCAGGCACACAUUCGCAAUGACACGAUGUACUUGUUGUCCCUCAGGUCUUUGUAGUGGUUCAGCAAGUGGAUGCAGAUAAUUUGGAACGCCCGCAUCUGCUCUUCGUUCAAUCGGUAACUGUUCGCCCACAACGGAGAAGGUGUUGUCGUAGACCGUCUCAGGCGGCUUGAAUGCGGACGCCGGCUGCGCCAGCAGUCGAGUGAGAUCGGUGGUAUUCAUCGAGUGACCACCGUGUGUGAAGAGAUUCGACUCCAAGAGAAGCUACUCACUCAGAAGGCUUGCUUCAUCUGACGUGGCGCGGCUGUGGCCGAUUUCAUUUACCUUAUUGCGUUGCUGGUGCAGGUCAUCGUUGGGCUGAUCCUGGCGGUUCCCAUUUGAUUGACAAGCCGAUUGACCGUCAUCAAGGGCAGUCGUCGAUAGCCCCUUCAACAGGCACAUCCAAUUGUAUCCAGCGAUGCAUUGAUAUACUUCGCGAACGUCUUCAACACGGGCGCAGCAGGAGCGGCAAUAGGGGGAUGGGGUGGCUUGCGUUCUUGGUGCAGCCACUCUGAAUACCUGCAUGUUAUCGCCACGUCUGUCGUCAAGAUCUGCAUGUUUUUCGAGCUCUCGCCAUUGUUGCAUGCGUCGGUGUGCUUCUCGAAAACACUCGUGCUGUGCAUGUCUCUGUGACGCAUAAUUGAACCACCACUUCGCACGCUGCUUUCGACCCUCGCCCAAUUCGCGGCCCGGGAUGCCCACGCAGUGGGUGCCCCUUACCCGGAAUAUGAGGCUCGAGUUCGGGGGUCUAGGGCGUUCGUUAAACGACUAUGUAUUGAGGAAAGGUUUGAAGCCAUUCUCUAUUCGUCUAGGCAUCGCAGCGACAUGAAUCUUUUCCAGGUAACGAAGCGAGUGAUGAGCCUCUGUUUGACUCACUCGCUAUCGGUGGAUAUUUCUUCCUGCAGGCUCGGUCACUUCUGCUCUUCUACUGUCUUCAAGAUGGGCCUGCAUCCGACGCGCUCCUCCCCUCCGUCCUUCCGCAACGUCGACGACCAAGCGCGAUCAAGGCGCAGCUUAACUCACCUCGAGACUGCAGGUGCAAAGGAAUUUGCUUGGCUGUCGUCGCUGCCUGGGAUGCAAGACGUCGCUCAUCUCGGAUGGCCAAGCCAUCUCUACUAGCCUAUGCUGCCUUCUGUCCCCCCUCCACCAUCCUUCAACGCUUCCACUUGUCCACGUCCCCGUCUGGCCAACUUUCCCCUCCGUCCCGCCUCCCUCUUGUCUUCUCUGCCUCCUCCAGCAUGCUGCCCGAGUGCGACGACCACGUCGGGUCUUUCACUGUGGGUGAUAGGGUGCGGGUGAUAGAAAGCACCGUGGUUUUGUGGCACAGGCCGGCGUUCCGCAAAGAGGGCUUCAACCCGCGUGGCUUGGUGGGGACUGUAGUGAGGGUCCGCAACGAACAGAGGCUGACCGUCACUAAACCGCUAGUGGUCAAGUUCAACGAACCGCCAUUCUCGGCACAUUUUUCCUCAGACGAGCUUGAGCUGAUCAGCACUAGCUCAGUUGAUGAAGAAUGGAAGACUGGAAGAAUGGGAUACUGAGUUGUCCAGUAUUCCAACGUUGCGCCAUCGCAUCCGAAUCAUGUUUGAUGGACAUUUAGGUUGUGGAUGGGUCGUGUGUUUGGGUUGUGUGGUUCGGCUAAGCGCUCAGUGCGCUUUGUUGAGUAGAUACAUGAACGGGCGAGGAAGUUCGUCUCAGCAUCAGUCCAUAUCAAGCGUCCUCCAUGCAUGUCUGCUGAAUCAGACACGUAGGACAUGUACAUGCAUGUAGAUGCAUUGCAAGUACAAAAUUCUGCCUUGUGGGUUGAUACUGUGAGGGUCGGAUAAGUGGGACACGGCUCAGGGUGUCAUUUGCCGUUUUUCCCAUUUAUCCGUUCCCAUUUAUCCGACCCAAGUUCACACGCCUUCUGCUUGUCCGUCUGUCACCAGGGCACCGCAGCAGGCCUCCUGACUCGCCUGGCAGCCGUCGAGCUUGUCGAGUAGCCAGACUCGAGCUUGGCCCGGAACAAAAAGGGGGAAAAAGGCCGGCGGCGAGGAUGAGGAGAGCGAGCGAAGCAGGUGCUUGAGCGUUGCUUGGGCGAGACAGACAAGCAGGAAUGAUCACUGGCGAAUGAGUGAUGGAACACGACGAGCUAUCGACAGAUUGAGUGAUGGAAUGUCCAGAAACACACAUGAAUCAUGCAGAGACAGUCACUCACCCCACACCAACACACCUCAAUCGAUCUCUAAGUUCGCCUUUUCACCACUAUCCUGCUCCGCCAUAGCCUGCUCGGCAUUCAUCUCUCUGCUCGGCAUUCAUCUCUCGGCAUCAUCUCGGUCAUCUCUCGGCGCCCUUGACCGUAUUCUCUCGUUACUUAUCUGAUCAACGGCCGGACCCAUCCGCAUCACACACGCGGAAUAAAUGUAAUGGUGCUGACUGACCUUGACUUUGUAGGUGUUAGCUGUGUUGGAUGGGAUGCGCUCCCGGUAUGCUGGCGGGGGAUAAGCCGAAAAAGGCCCCCUCACAUGUGAGUGUGAGUGUCACAUGUGAGUGUGAGUGUCUUGCUAGUGGUGAACUCCCGGCCGUUUGGCUCUCGGUCGCCAGGUGCAGGGUGGCCGUCCGGGUGCCGCUCUUGGACGGGAUGCAGCGGACCUGAUGAAAUAAACAGCAGACCACCCAACACAGACCAACAGACGGACGAGCAGACAUCAGGUCACUGGGUGUGGUAGGUCUGCCCUUUGGGCGAGACGGUGACUAUCAUGCCCUUGGGUGGCAACACUUCAAAAUCAUUGGCGUGGUCUCCCGUCACGUCUUGCACUUGCACGGCCAGGACGCCGGGGCCACUGUUGGCUAUGGGCACCUCAACAGCAGGGCUGGGCACGUGCACAGCACUCUUGCCCACUGACAGACUCGCAGGCAGAGCCGGCGACAGACUCGACCCGCCCAACGCCAGCAGCCGCAGGGAAGAAGUCACACCGCUGCCGCCGCUCUGGAUGUCCAGCGUGGCCCUGCAUACAUGAAGCCAAAGACAAAGAAUACGGCAAAAAGGUGUCUGGAUGGAUGGGUGCAACAUACCCGUAUUGGCCGGCAGUUACAGCGUCGACUUCGACUGUCACAUCGACUGUGGCGCCCGCUGCUACUGUGGGCGUCGCCAAGUACGACACGGCGUUCGUCAAACCUGCCGUCAUCUGCACUUAUACAUGUCAGGACACCCACUUCUUCUGCACUACCAUAGACAGACAGUCAGUCAUUUGGUGGAUGGCUUACCUGGAGGAUGGCUGACCGUCAACGGUCAGGAACGUGUCGUUUUCAGAGAGCAGCAGGACCUCCUUCUGGACCUCUUUGUAGGAUAAACGUAUGAAUCCACAGACCAGUGUCUCAACAGCGAGUGUCUGUACAUUCUAUCAGCAUCAUGAGCUACAGUCAACACCCCUCACUCGCUCUCUCCCCCUCUUCCUCCUCUUCUUCGGGCGCUCACUAUUAUCUCCGGCGGGCUGCUCUAACUCUUCCCCCUUGCCGACAAAUGUGUAGUGCAGCCUCUCCAUGGCCUGCCGGCAAGCGAUGGCCUCCUGCUUGGCCUUCUCAACGCCGUCGGGGUCGUUGACAUUGAUGAGAAACGAGUCCCUGCGCUUUCGCUGGCCGGCUCCCGCCAUAUGGCCACCCAU